GCCUUACCUUUCCAUGUGCUGGUCCAGGUUGUCAGCAUUACCCUUAGAGUGAACAUUUGUUAAAUCACUUAAGUCGGUGCGACCACACACACGCACGCCCGCAGCUAGCCUCAUACUCUUCAGCGAAAUGUUGCCAAGCUUCUUCUUCACAGCUUUCGUGGCAGGAGUCUGUCUCAUUGCAUCGUUGUGCGAUCUUACCAGAGCUGCUAACUGCGAGGGUGUAGGAUGCCGUGAAGCUCCAUGUGCAGACCAAGUUCUAAUUGAAGGGGAUUGUUGCUAUUCGUGCCCUAAUGGCCCAAACUGUGCCAUGGAUGAUACAUAUCUGAAACUGGAUGAUCUGGCAUUUGAUUCAAGAGGCUACCAAUGCAGCUGUAGCUAUACGUCUUCAUUCCGCAAACCUGAACUCGAUUGUGUUCCUCCUCCCCCCGUUGAGGAUUAUUAUACCACCAAUGGAGAAGUUGAUUAUCCUCUGCCUUGAGUUAUCAGCCAACAGAACGUGUACAAAUAGGUUGCAAUAAAGUGUAGAUCAAAGCAGUUGCUUUUGUUGCUUGUAGAUGUACUUUUGUUGUUUUUUUUAAAUGGUGCUGCACUUGAAUUCAAUUCUGGUAGUAAUGCACAAAAGUUGAAUAUUUAAGAAAACAAAAAUCGAAUAAAAUUUUUCAGCUGUUCA